AUGACUAGGUGUAUAGUGAUUGGAAUUGAGAAUGCAGUCCAGAUCAAGUCGGUUAAAGUAUUUUUGGAAGAGCUAGGGGUAUUUAAUCGGAAUAAGAAGAUUAGUAAAUCAGGGAAUUUGCACCAAUUGUAUACUACAUGUGAGAAUAUAGACGAAUUAGAAGGUAUUCCUGAAAAGGAUAUAGAAAUUGGUUAUUACGAGGCUGAUGAAGGUCAUAGAAGAACCUUGGAAGCGGUGGUUAGGGAGCUUUUGACAAAAAAGGAGGUAGGGGAAGAUAUAGAGACAUUGAUGCAACAUGUACCGAAAAAAUGGUCAGUGUAUCCCCCAAUGAUUCUACUAAAUUCAGGCACGUUUGAUACUGAUACAUGGACCAGAUUGUUUGAAGAUGUGGGUAUCAAGGAUGAGUUUUUCAGACAUAUACUUUUAAGUGGGGUUUUUCCGAGCGGAUUGACGCAUAUUGCGGUGAACAAGCCGAUUAUAGAAGAAGAUGUAAUGAGAAGACCUUUCAAUAUAUUGCCAGUAUACGGUGAUUUUGGACCUGAACCCUCUGAAAAGAUGUUUGAUGAUCCUACAGAAGAAGAUUUUGAAAGGGCCUUUUGGUGUUCGGCUGUUCAAAACGGAAUCUACCAGACAUGGGCACCUCGAUUUACAAUGUUCUCCAGAGGAAACAUAAAAGAGAAAAAAAGGGUGUUGGAAGAGUGCAAAGAUGCAAACAAGAAAUGUGUGUUUGAUUUGUACGCGGGCAUAGGAUAUUUCACACUCUCUUAUCUCAGGAAUGGGGCUACAGUUUUCUGCUGGGAGAUCAAUCCAUGGUCUAUCCAGGGAUUGAUAAAGAGUGUCACUCAAAAUGGCUACAAAUACAAGUUGAUAGGGAGACAAGACCUGUUUGACCAUACUUCCUACACUAAUUGCGAUCAAGAUGGUGUGGUGAUAUAUAUUUUCCACGAGUCAAACGAAUUUGCUAUGGAUAGAUACCUACAAUUUCAGAAGAUCCUACCUAUUGCGCAUAUAAAUCUUGGGCUUCUCCCGACCUCCGUACCAUCGUGGCCCACUACAAAGGCUUUGGUACAGAAUUCGUCCACGGGAACCGUUAUUCAUGUUCAUGAGAAUGUACACGUAGAUGAUUUUGUCAAAAUAGGCCAAAAGGCGGCAAGUUACUUCGAAGGGAAUAUGAUCGCCAUAAACAGGGUCAAAACAUUUGCCCCAGACAUAUGGCAUGUGGUAAUAGAUAUCUCGCUCAAGUAG